AUGGAGCGAGGAAAUGACUUAGAUUCCUUUCAGCGUUUCUUGGAUAAAUUCUGUCAAACUGUUGCGGAUGAAGAUGAAAGUGAAGAUCUCCCUAUCCGUCUGUUCAAUCACCGUUUGCUAAUCGAUGAAAUUGAGGGAGAAUGCCUUGAGUGGACCCUUCGUUACUUGGACUCGCGAAAAUGUCCACCAACUCUAGCAGCUGCCUUGUGCCGGGCUGUCGUAGAGCAGAUCCUUAAAUCUGACCUGACAGAGUAUGAAGAGGAUACGUCUAGUGCGGGACGAGGUGAAGCAAACAAUGGGGAGACAACUCAGAUUAUAACAAAGGAUCCGCCCACAGUACUUGAAGCCCAAGUCAUGUGUACACAUGUUAUUGAAGUUCUACACGACGUCUGUAAAAAAUGGCGUGAUAAUCUGCCGAGGUUGUCUCCCCCGUCCAAAUUGUCCAAACCCUACCUCUACGAAAUUAAAAAUACUCGACGGAAAAUGGAAGAUCGUCAUGUGAUAUUACCUGACCUCAAUACUUUGUUUAAUUUAAAGGACCAGCCUCCGCAGUCUUAUUAUGCUGUGUUUGAUGGCCAUGCCGGGGUAGAAGCAGCCACAUACGCAGCCACACACUUACAUUGCCAUCUUGUUCACUCUGAAGAAUUCCAGAAAAAACCUGCUGAUGCUUUCAAAUGUGCAUAUAAAGAAACGGAUGAAAAGUACCUACUGAAGGCUGAGAGAGAGAAACUAAAGAGUGGGUCUACGGGUGUGUCAGUUUUAAUCAGGGACAACAAAUUACAUGUGGCCUGGCUCGGAGAUUCACAAGUGAUGAUGGUGAGGAACGGGGAGGCAGUGGUGCUGAUGGAUCCCCACAAACCAGAGAGAGAGGACGAGCGCAAUAGGAUAGAGGACGCCGGUGGCUGUGUGUUGUUUAUGGGGACAUGGCGAGUCAACGGAAAUCUGGCUGUAUCACGAGCCAUAGGUGAUCCUGCCCAUAAAAAGUUUAUAAUUAGUGAUGCUGACACAUCAGGUUUUUCCUUGGAUGGCACCGAGGAUUACUUAGUGUUGGCUUGUGAUGGACUCUGGGACAUAGUAUCACCAAAUGAGGUUCCUAGACUAGUGUACGAUUAUCUCCAGGAUUCCAAGGGAGAUAAAUCUGGUGUGGCCAAGAAACUUGUGACUUGGGCUAAAGAAAAUGGAUCUACAGAUAACAUAACUGUUGUUGUUGUCUUUCUCAGGGAUGAAAUUGCAGAACCACAUGUGACACAAAUGUUUAAAUUCGGCCAAUCAGAAUCUCAGGGAAAUGAGGAUUUUGAGCAAGAAGAUGGUGAGAGGGAAAGAAACUCUCAAAGUCAGAAUAAAAAUAAUUCAAACCAUAAUGACAUGACAAGUGGGACAUCCAAUGGAAACAAAGACAGUAUUGACUCGUCACAACAAGGAAAUCAAGACAACAUUGACCAGUUAGACACCGACGAGUUAAGUAUACAAAAGGUUCUUAGUGAGACAACAGACUCUGUCAACCACCACUUCCCUCUACCUAAAGACCACAUCCUGCGUAAAGACACUGUUUUUAUAAUAGAACAUCCAAAAACCGUAAAAACACCUAAAUCACAGGAGGUACGUUCAGUAAGUAUGCCAGACAGAAUAUCUGAAAAAUCAUCCUCUUCCACUCAGAACAUUCCAGAUAUAGAUCAUGCAGCCAUUCAGCUUCAACAUCUUCCACACUGGGAGGUUCGUGAGCCCCUGUCCCACCGUGAGCAAUUGUCUAAGGAAGGAGUAGAUCACCGCCAAUAUCGUCAUUUGCCUCUCUCCCAUCGUGAGCCUCUUAUACAUCACCAGGAACUGGAGCCUUUGCGCGACCUUAGACUAAAGGUCAAGAAAAAGGCAAAAAAAUCUAAGAAAGAGCACUCUAACAAAGACUCAACAUUGAAUGCUUUAAAGAAAGUUAGUAAACGUCAUAAUAACUUAGAUCCAGUCAUUUGGGCCUUUACAGGCAAAAGUCGUGCCCCCUUACCCAACCACAAACUUAAUUUGACCAAGUCAACUCAAUUUGCUUCUCCAAAACGGGUUGCCUUAGCAACGGUUUACCCAAACUCUUCUGUGCAGGAAUCGCAGUUAGCAGUCAAGUCCUGUGAUGAAUCCUGUGUCAGAUUUCUUUGUGGACAAAAUGCUGCGAUUUAA